AUGGGAUCAACCUCUGCAGGAGCCAGCAACAUUGCUCCCCUCACUCCUCCCAGAAUCAAGGCCGAAGAAUCAACACUGAAAUCAGCUCUCAAAAAGGCACCAUCACAGGCAACAGCGCCAACAUACCCACAUCAGCCACAACAAACCAGACCCAAGACACUGUGGGCGCUGACCAGGAGCGUCAAACUCGAUCCAGAGACCAGUGUCGUCAACCCUCGCCAAGUCGACGAAGAAGUGCGAAAAACAUUUACGCAGACGUCAUGGCAGGAACCACCACCACUCCAACAUAUCAAAGCAGCCAUCCAAUAUCUCAAGUUCAAUGCCCUCAAACCGGACUCAGUCAUCACCACAGGAUUCUUGCGACUGAGCGUGGCAUUCCCUGAACUGAUCCGCGACAAUACCGUUUCUGCAAUGCUGAUCACCAUGCUCCGACCAGAGUUCACCCACGCUUUCAAAGUCAGAACCAACGGUGCAGUGGUGUUUCUGGCAUGCGCUCUCUUGCACAUUGGCUGGGACGAGAUCGAGGACUGGCCGACGGAUUUCGUGAUGGCCUAUGUAGAGGAUGCGCUCGGAGAGCGAUCGUGGUGUGCUCAUGUGGAUACGCAGUCGUUUGUCGGCAAUGUUCUGACUGCAUUCUGGGCUGGUGAUCCUGUUGAUGACACGGCGGAGGAAAAGUUUGAUCCGGUUCGGUUGGAUGAGAAGGCUAAUACUGCGGCCGUGCUAGAAACUAUUGAUCUGAGCCAAUAUACCGAUCCGCUGACACUGCGGAAGCGAUACAAGGACUCGGAGACUAGGAGUAAUAUCAAGUAUAUCACCAUGCAGACCAUGUGGGAGCAUAUUCCCAAUACCAUAAGCAGUGGAGCUGUGGAUACAUCCGUCCGAAGUCUCAUCAAAGUUAUGAUGGCAACGUGUCGAUGGAGUGAAGUCCGUCGCAAAGCCAUGGGGUGUAUGGAAUUCUGGCUCGGGAACUUUAUGAAGCACGCCAAGAUACUUCUACGACUAAUUCUCCGCCAGAUGUGCGCACAGGAUACGUUGUUGCAAGAGGAUCUGGAGUCUUGGACGAUGCUGUUGGAUUUCCGGUACAAGGGGCGAACCCACCAGGUCGAGGCUGUCAAGGAGGAGAUCCGUAACGCGCUUCAGGGUCCAACAGGACAGGAAUUGAUCAGGGCAGGACUGACGCACAUUGUCGACACAGAGAUGAACCCGAACGAACUCAAGAAUCCUUAUCACCUGGAUCUCAUGGACCAGUUCUUGCUCUCACUCCAAGACAGCCCCGGUGUUGAAUUCGGACAGCUGAUUCAGGGAUGUGUCGUCGACGCGGCGUUACAUAUGCUUGGAUCGACUGUCAGUCCGCCAUUGGCACCCGUGGUUCUGGUUGUCAAGCGGUGGAUCCGUCAUCUCGGCAAAAGGAUCAUGGGCUGGAAUAAGGAUAUUAUCUUUGGACUGUUGAAAGAUAGUCCUCAUCUUGCCAAGCUGGUCCAGAAACAGGAACAGCACCAACAUCUCCAUAUCCCACCCGGCGGACGCAACAUGCCGACCAUGUGGCUCCAAAUGUUGACCGAGAUUAUCUGCAAUGUGUUGAUGGCUACCGCGAUCGAUGCAAGGGAGGUGGACGACAUCAGGAUCUGCAAGUUCCAGAUCGGAGAGGCCCAUGCCUUUGCCCUUCGUUGGUUCCAAUCGAUCAGUGUCACCAGCGGGAGCUCGGGAGAUGGAGAGUUCUGUGCCAUGCCCUUUGGACACGUGCCAAAGGAGGGACUGAGGAUCUGUAUUGCGCGUUUGUUGUUCCUCGAUCCACCGCCAUCAUACACCAUGGACACGACGUCACAGGAGUUUGAUGCGGGACUGAUUCAAAAGGUGGUGGAGCGUGGACUACCCCUCAUGGAACAUGGACUAAUGGCCUUGCUCGAGAUCAACCUCCCUCCCAAGAUGUUGCUCUCAGUGGUCGGAGAAUAUGUCUCACGAGCAGCCGACCUCUCUCGCUUUUACCCAGAAGCAUGUGUUGUCAAGAACCCGGAUGUGGUGGUAAAGUUGUUUCAUCUGACAAGGUUCACCGAGUCCCAGAGCAGUCAGGUCUUGAAACUGGCGGCAGAUAUCCCCCUGGCGUGGACAAGAGAGUUCUGGAACUGUUGUAUAGUUGUUGUCAUGCUGGCCUCCUGUAACCCAAGAAUUCUUGCGCUGGUCGUGUGGGAUUCGAUGCCGGUGAUCCGCACGAUGCUAGAAAUGUGUAUCUCUCAGCAUUACACCUUUCCUCCUCCCAACUACUCUUCACACUCGGAUCCAUCCUCUGAACGCCUAUUAAGAUUGGCGAUCCUUGCAGAUCAGGAUGAUACAAAUCGUGUGUUGGCAUGGGAGAAGGAGGUGUUGAUCCUUCAAGGACAGUGGAGCGAGGCACGCGGUGCUAACCCGUUAAAGGUUGAUGAGAGUGAAUAUGCAGGGUGGCUGAUGCGGCUCGAUUAUGGACCCACCCAACCUGCCCGGAGCCCACCUGCGGAUAUCUUGCAGCAACUGCGCGGGCUGAAUGAUCGGUUUGGGUUGGGGAUGAAACUUGCGGCGUCGAGGGAGCCAGAUUAUUUGGGGAGAAUGGUGGGGUCUCAUGACGAUGCGCCGUGGGUGGAUCGGUUGUUGAGGGAGGUGCCCGAGAUUAUGAAUGCCUUGCCGGCUUCGACCCUCUGUGCGCGGUAUUGUCGGUCGAUCAAGUCUAAUGCGAAUGCGGACACGGAGAACGUGACGAUGACGGCGAAGGCCAAGGCGAUUGCGGCGGAGGUUAGGCUGGCGGAUGCGAACGUCAAGAAGAAGUUGUUGGGGUAUUUGGAGACUGUUAUGCAAGGGCGUCCGGGAGAGCCUACACAAAAGUUUCAGCAAGUGCGAGGUAUCUUUGAGUACUUUUUGGUCCGGCUUUCACCUGUCACCGAAUCCUCUUCUACAGCAACAGCGGGAGCUUCGACUUCUGCGGCCGGAUCUGGAUCUGUGAUUGAGGAGACCAAGAUGGCGAUGGAUGCACUCUUCCAGGGCGAGUUGCGGUGGCCAGAUGUUUUGGCACAGACAGUAGCCCUCUCACCGGACACAGGGUUCCUCUGGAACGCGCUCCAGUGGAUCAAAACCUUCAUUUUGUUCGAGAACGAUAUUCAAUGGUUCGGAUCCUGUCUGAACUUCUUGCUCAAGGUCGAGGGUGGCGCCGAUGGUGAUUCAGCGUUGGAACAGAGUUUAUUGACGAUUGCCAGUGUGCUCACGCGGCGGCUGUUGGUGUUUGACUGGUUGGUCUUGGAGCGCAAGUUAGUCUUCCAGAGACUGGUGGAUCGCGUACAGAGUUAUUUUGCGAAGCAGGAUAGUAUUAUGGAGGACGCAAGCCUGGGAUCGGCAUCCAAGAAUAUUGAUAGGACGUCUUCGGCGGCAUUGAGGGCGAUGGCGAGCUCGAAGGUGCAGGUGGAGUUAUCCGGCGGUGUUGUGUUGAGUACUUUUCCUGAGAUCCUUCGGUUGGCGAUCCUUGUCAUGGCCGUCGGUGAUCAUCCCAAGCAAGGCGUAUCAACGUGGAGCAUACUGUUCAAGGACUCAGUUCAAACUCACCCGGGCCAACCUAAACGCCUCCAAAACGGAUCAGCCCUCUUGCAAUACACCAACAACCCACCAUCACCGUCACCUUCACCACUGGCAAACGACAUCCAGUUCCGCCUCCGGAUCGUUCAAGGAUCCAAGGACUCUGAGGUCGUCCGCGUCGCGUUGGAUGGAUUGAACUUGGUGCAGACGAUUGAGUUGUGCAAAGAUGCGUUUGGAUUGGACAUGUCGGUUGCCCAGUUGGUCCAUGGUGCGCUGUUGACGGCGCUUGAGAGUGAGGGUAGGAUGAAUGUUCCUGUGCCUGUUCAUCUCGAGGCCUCGACCGGUCGUCAGCUGAUGGUGCUUCUAAAGUACUAUGCGGAUCAAGGUGGGGAGGCGAGUCUGAAGGCUUUGGAGGCUGUCAAGGUCCGCUUUGGCGGCGCGUUGUCGCCGGUGAUGGCAAAGUCGUCAACAAUUGAUCGGUCAACAAGACUUCGUGCUGCUGUCCUGCCAGACUUUUUCCAACUCGCGUCUUCUUAA